UGUAGCUUCAAUUUUUAUAUAAACUAAUAAAGGAAUCGUACAUUGUUUAACGAGAAGGCCUUAAGUUUAUAGAUGUUAUAAUACACCAUUGUAUUCACUGUAUUGUAAUCUUAUGACAUAACUAUAGCAAAGUGUGAAACGAACUGUCUGACUGCCCGAAUAAAAGUGUAACAUACCAAUCAAAGAUCGAACUUGCGUCGACUUGGAGGGAGAUAAUACCAAGAAAAUUAAAGGUAGAGGCAUAGAAUGCAGAGACAAGAAAAAUGCUAUAAAUAUUAGCCAUCUAAAUUUCUCUCUUUCUCAAUAGUCUAAUGCAUUAAUGAAUUAUAAAUGAUAAUAUUACCUAAACAAUUUGAAAUGAAAGCUACAGUAUUGUGAAGCAUAAAGAUAGCUACAUAUUAUGAAAAAUUAAAAGAAAAGAAACUGUGAACUAUAGUGUUAUAGCACAUUUUCUUUUUUCACAUGCCUUUUCGCCUUUUCUCUCAGAACAGUUUUGACCGUUGUCGAAAAUGGAUUUUAGUGGACACAAAUAUUACGAGUUGAAUCGCAUGCUUUUGUUAUCAAUUGGUUUGUGGCCAUACGAUGAUUCAACAUUUAAACGAGUUAUAAUGUUGAUAUCAUUAAGUUUUAUAAUCUCAGGUAUCACCAUAAUGAUUACAAAGAUGAUUACAUCGAAAUUCGAAGUGGUACUUAUACUAAGAGUUUUGUCAAUCUUCAUUCCUAUUUGUAUUGUUUUGAUUAAAUACAUUACUUUUUUAAUACUUCCUACGAGUAUAAAGAGACUCAUGGAAUUGGUUCAAAAUGAUUGGAAUACUUUGAAAGAUGUGAAUGAACUUGAAAUAAUUAAAAAAUAUGCAAAUUUUGGGCGAUUUUGCACAAUAACUUUUUUAG